GAGACGCAGUUCCUCGCUACUGGCUGUAUACACCCAAGUUCAAAGGUUCAGGAGAGACCUUUACCACAUUGUAAUCGGAGCCAGAAGCAGACCAGGAACAUGUUUGACAACACUCAGUAUCCUUAUAACUGCUUCAACUACGAUGGAGAUGACUACCCGGCAUGUAGUUCGGACGAAGAGAAGAGAUUCACCAGACCGGCGUACAGCUACAUUGCUUUGAUUGCAAUGGCCAUCCAACAAAGCCCUUCCAACAAAGUGACCCUGUCUGGGAUUUACGACUUCAUCAUGAAAAAGUUCCCCUACUACAGGACCAACCAGCGCGCCUGGCAGAACUCAAUUCGCCACAACCUCUCUCUCAACAGCUGUUUCGUCAAGGUUCCUCGGACAGAAGGCAAUGACAAGGGCAAAGGGAACUACUGGAGCUUUGCGUCAGGAUGCGAAUCCAUGCUGGACCUUUUUGAAAAUGGGAAUUACAGGAGGCGGAGAAGGCGUAGGAAUGUAAAAAGAGAACCUAGAGCAAAGAGGUUGAGCGGUGAGAUGGGUUGCUUGCCCACCUUAUCCCCCAUGGAUUCUGCCUUCCCUAAUCUCUCCUCGCCUGGCGAGAGAAUGGAACCCCAGCCGAAACCUUUGGAGCCUUGUGAGCUUUUCUCCAACAGCGUUUCCGGCCAGGAGAGUCUAAACAGCUCCUCUGUAGGAAAAUCUGACUCCGAAAUUAAAUUUAGCAUCGAUUACAUCCUCUCCUCUCCAGACCCUCUGCCUGUGCUGAGGUCUCCCUAUCACAUGCAAGAUCAUAAGCACCAUCUCUUGGAUUCUCAGCAGAUUAACCUUCAGUUUUGGACAAUGUGAAGUCUGGUCCUGACGGAGAGUGAAGUGAGAGUAAGGCUACCAUCUUUUCCGUCCAAUAUGCAUGUGUCCGAGAACGAGGACUGUUUCUCACUCCUUGCCUCAGUCAUUCUCAGGAAAAGGACGUCAAUGUCAUUUCAUCGGGCUACUGAUCUCUUGGGAUCUCUGAAGUUGUGAGGUUGUAGCCUUCCCAUUAUCCAGUUACACUGCUUAUAGACUUAGUAAAGGAUUUUACUACAGGCUUGGCUCCAUCUUUGAGGGGCAUCCUUCAGGUCCAGCCCUUCCACUAGGCAGAAUGAAGCAGCCACCUCAAGCAAUAGCAUCUGAGGACAUCACUAGGAGCCUCUUUGUUGUUUCUCCUGAAUAGACCAGCUCUCUUAUGUUGGAGGAGAGAGCUGUGUGUAAGUCAUACCACAUGCCAUGGUCCUCCUAAACAUAUCCCCUUGUCAAUGAUGAAGGAAAUAAAACUGUUGGGCAACUUAGCUUCUAUGGAUGAACCAGGGAAGGGACACCAUCUUGUCUUUAUCUUAAGCAGUUGGCCAGGAGUAGUCUCAAAUGAACUUUUUCCUCCAUUGGCUAGUUCUGUUGACUUUUCUUAUCAGUGGUGGACAGCAACUACGUCCCUCUUGGCACCAAGCAGUUGAGUCUAGGUGCCAUUUUGCUUUUCUACAAAUGGAAGCUGGCACUGGCUGCUUGGCACAGAUCAGAACUCCAAGAUGGAGGGAAACGUUUAACAAAGGAGGCCAGAGAAAAUGUUAAC